CGCCUUCACCUUUUCUUUCUUGCCAUUCAAGAUCUUCCCUUCUUAUUCUACCAUCAGAAAAAAUGAAGCAUAAACUGUAGCCUUCCCUGUGGCCUGUGCCCCUUCCGUUCGCCGUCUGUGCUGCAUUGACGGCUACACAACAGGAGACGGAUUCUAAGUUCUGCGGUUACCAUUUCCUCGAAGCAACCCGCCGGCUGAGAAGUUACACAAACGGAGCAGGUGGGGAAGUCGAAUCGCUUCGGAACUAUGUUGUUCUCCUCCUCCCUCUCUGUUCUUCGAAGAUAAACCGAAUCAAUCGCGUGGCUUGGAUUCCUCGCUCGUUUGAUUCCGCAAUCACUGCGCUGAACGAUCUCGGCGAUGGCGUACUUCGCCCUCGUUCUGGGUUUCCUUCUCGGAUCCUUGCUUGUUUUGGCUGCAGAGGGUUUGGCGUUGUACAUAGCCAUCGUUCGGCUACGCCGGAAGACGAUAGGGGCGCCUGAGCCGCAGCGGGAACCCGUUGAACUCGACUCCGAGCAAUGGGUCGCCUCUGCGCGUAAUAAGCAGGGAAUAGUUUGGUUUUUGGAGCCAGAAGAUGUUCCAAAGGUUUGUUUAAAUGAAACUCAAAUUGGUGGACCUAAGGAGCUGAAAGGGAAGAAAGGUACUGUGCAGGUUCAACCUAUAAAGAAGCAUGCUAGAAUCAAAGACCACUUGUUAAUCUUAUCUGAUCCAGAUGGUUCUCAAGCUACUACCAUUAAGCUUUUUGAUUGUACAAUAUUAGCUGUAUCAUCCUCAAAUCUAUCUUCCAAAAAGUGGGCCAAAAGGUACCCCAUUAGGCUGGAAAGCAAUACUUCAGCAAUCUAUGAUGGAAGCAAAACAAUUUACUUGUAUUUUGAUACUUCUUGGGAGAAAGAAUCUUGGUGCAAAGCUCUUCGUCUUGCCUCCUCACGUGAUAAAAAAUUGAUAAAUUGGUACACCCAAAUAAGCAAGGAAUUCAACCACUAUCUGGCAUUAUUUAGUGCUGAAUUCCCUUCAUUUCUAAAACCUUCUACAUUGCAUGGAGAAAUUGUAGAGAAAACUAUCAGGGUUGAAGGGCCAUCAUCUUAUUCGAAGGUUCGUUUUUUACUUAAAAAGCUAACUAAGAAAACGUCUAAGAGUGGUGUUGAAAGUAGAUCUAGCCCUGUUUUAUCGUCAACACGUGAUGCCAAGAAGUCCACUGAGAAGUUAGUCACACUGAACGAUGUGACAUCAGCUGAAGGAUCUAUGAAAAGCUCUUUAGAAGACAAAUAUUCUAGCAGUUCCUUUCAAGAUCUUGUGCAAAUAGGAAAUAAGGGUCCCAUCACGUCUGAUACAGUUUUUGAUGAUAAGCUUUUUGGCGAUGAUGGCACUUUGUGUUGGAAUUUGCUAUUGUCACGACUGUUUUUUGAUGUAAAAGGAAGUGCUGAAAUCAACAGUUUGGUGAAGUCUCGCAUCCAGAAAACAUUGUCUAAUAUGCGAACUCCUAGCUACAUUGGUGGAAUUACAUGUGCAAGCCUAGAUCUUGGAAAUCUUCCACCUUAUAUUCAUAAAAUUAGGGUUCUUCCCAUGGAUUUGACAGAGGUUUGGGCGGUGGAGUUUGACAUUGAAUAUUUGGGUGGUUUACUCUUGGACAUUGAAACAAGAAUUGAAGUUUGUGCACCAGAGCUGCAGGAAGAGUUCAUCAAUGCUAGCUCCGAAACAAAUUAUAACGAAGAGACAUCCAGUCUUCUUGAGGGAAUUGAAUACUACAGCCAUCAAUUAAAUCCUUCUACCUCCUUAGAAGAUCAGUUAGAUGAAAGAGAUGAAAGGGUUGAAGCAGAUUACUUGAAGCAAUCAAAGAUCUCAACUCCUGCUGCAGUUAGCAAAUCAAAGUGGAAAACUAUUCUACAUUCUAUUGCCGAACAAGUUUCACAGGUGCCCCUUUCCUUGUCCAUAAAAAUUGCAUCUCUCCGAGGAUCGCUGCGCUUUCACAUAAGACCUCCACCUUCUGAUCGGUUAUGGUUUGGAUUCACAUCCAUGCCUGAUAUAGAUUGGCAAUUGGAAUCUUCCGUUGGAGACAGAAAAAUUACAAGCACUCGCAUCGCUUUGCUCAUGGGGAAUCGAUUUAAGGCUGCAGUUCGUGACAAUCUGGUCCUCCCAAAUUGCGAAAGCAUCUGCAUUCCAUGGAUGUUGGCAGAAAAGGAUGACUGGCUUCCUCAAAACGCUGCUCCGCUCAUCCGAAUCAGCCAGGAAGCCAUGAAUACGAGCAAGCCGGGUCUCGAUGUAGCCGCCGGCCCUGCCGGAGAUCUAAAAACAAAGCCUACCACCGAUUCUCCCAGUGGACCUAAACCUGAUGAUAAAACUGAAAAAGUAAAGGAUGUAGUUUAUGUAUCGAAAUCACCCAUCGAUCAUGUCCCGAAGUCUUUUUCGUCCCAAACUGAAAACGGUGCAUCGAGAUCAGUUUCGUCGAGUGGUACCCCUUAUGGCGAUGCACGGUCGGACGCUGGCACGAGCACGGAAUUGUCGGUGCCGUUAUUGCAAACCUAUGGAACAUUAGAUAGUAGCAACCACAGCAGGGGAGAUUCAUCAUCAGCCUUUUCUGAAGAGGAUGCUAAGCCCAAACGGGUGGGCCGGCGAGCGAGAAUGAUGGAUCUAGGAAAGAAAAUGGGAGAGAAGCUCGAAGAAAAGAGACGAAAUAUCGAGGAAAAGAGUAGACAUAUUGUCGAAAAAAUGCGGGAAAAUUCAAAGUCCUGAAAAUUAUGUAUAUUUUCUAUUUGCUAGGUGAGGCAAUUGUUUGCCACUGUCCGUAGAGACUGUGUAAGUAUGAACUGAUAGGAUAUAUUUCAUAACAUUGAUUAUUAUAUCAUAGCUUAUUCUUGUAGAUGAUAGUGAUGAUGAGAUUUGUGCAAGUUG